AUGGUACAUACUAACCCACGUAUUGACGAUAUACAGCGAUUUUUUCAUUUGCGCUCGUGUCUAAAAGGUGAGGCAGCACAGGUUAUAAUGUAUAUAGAAACAACGGCCGCAAAUUAUAACAUAGCAUGGAAUAGCGUGGAAGCUCGAUAUAAUAAUAAAAAAGUAUUAGUGCAAUCGCCCACAAAAGAGUUGUUCGAUAUACCGGCGAUAAAUGAAGAAGCUGUGCAAUUAAGAAAAUUAAUAGAUCAGUUAAACGGUCAUAUGAGCGCGUUAGAAACAUUAGGUGAGAAACCUAAGGAGUAG